AUGGCGACUCUUUCUGUCUUCCUUGAUGUUCCCUUGGCCACAGCAAUAGAUUUUCCCUUGGAUGUCUACAGGGAAGAUCCCUCACCCCAAAAAGUGUGCCUUGGCCAUGCAGGAUGCCACACAGAUAGCGCUGAUGAAAUCUGGAUCCCACCAGUUGUGCAACAAAUUCUGCUGCAAAUCCCUCAAGACCCCACCUUGGACCAUGAAUACAUCAAAGAACUAGGCAUUGUGGAGUUCACCAAAACAGCCAUGGAACUGGUUAUUGGCAAGAACAAUCAGGCUCUCUUAGACAACAGGGCAGGUGGUGUUCACACAAUAGGUGGGACAGGCGCUGUAUGGAUCGGAGCUGAAUUUCUGCACCGUUGGUACCGACCAAACCAUUUAACUCCAGCAACUGUCUAUAUUGCUGUACCACAACUGGACACUCUUGGUUGCAUAUUCCAAGUUGCUGGCUUCACAGACAUUCGUUCUUACCAUUACUGGGAUCCUAUCAAACUGUCAGUUGACAUAGAAAUGUUCAUGGCAGAACUGCAGAAUGCCCCAGAGGGCUCCAUUGUAUUCCUGCAUGCUCCUGAAGAAACUGGCUUGAUGUCCUCUGAAUGGAAAAGAAUUGCAUCACUGAUGAAGAAAAGGCAGCUCUUCCCCUUUUUUGACAUUGCAGCUCAAGGACUGGCCUCAGGAAACCUGGACAGGGAUGCCUGGGCACUGCGGCUCUUUGUAGACCAAGGUUUUGAGCUUCUGUGUGCUCAGUCCUUCUCUAAAAACUUUGGUUUAUAUGAUGAACGAGUGGGAAACCUCAUUGUGGUGACAACAGACAAUCAAACACUGAUCCGAAUCCACUCACAGAUAGCUCGGCUAAUAGCCAUGACAUGGUUUGGGCCCACCAGCUUGGGGGCCCGGGUCAUUACAAUGGUAUUGACCAGCCCUGCCCGUCUGUAUGAAUGGAAACAAAGUCUUCAGAGUCUAGUAAAGAGGAUUAUGCUGAUUAGGGAAAAGCUGAAAGAGAAGCUGCGUAUUCUGGGAACACCAGGUUCCUGGGAACAUCUUACAACUCAGUCAGGAGUCUAUAGCUUUAUUGGGCUGAACUCUUCCCAAGUGGAGUUCCUAGAGAAGCACAAACACAUCUAUUUUCUUGCAAAUGGACAGAUCAACAUCUGCAGUAUUAACUCCAGGAAUCUGGACUAUAUCGCCCAAAGCAUCCAUGAAUCAGUCUUGGUCACUACCCAUCAAAAUCCCAGCUGUCUCUACAUAAAGGCUGACAAAGAACCGGAUGAGAGUUCUGUAGAUUUAUCAGAUUCUUCUUAA